AUGGCUUUCUCUUCCGGCGACGUCUCUGCCAUGGUUGCCACUGCGCCGAGCGGGGCCUUCAACAAGGCCAGCGCUGACCAGAUCCGCGAUUGGGUCGACUUCGUGCUGAAUGUCGAGCCCAACGCGGCGGAGAAACACGACCUGUUCUACUACGUGUCGGUGGCUCGCCUCUUGGCGGAAACGAUUGGCAGCACCUCGCUCUCGGAUUUCGAGGAUCCACACAUGCGCGAGAUGAUUAAAGCAGCGAUUGUUGUGAACGAUUUGCCUUACGCCGCAGAGCAGGAUCCAGCAUGGAAAGCCUGGAAGGUUUCGCCGGCACAGGUCGUCUUCGCACUCAAGGUGCAGACCAAGUGCGCCCAAGCUGCACCACCCGCCCGCUCGGCUCCAGAAGCCGACACUGGGUCGAGCGACGUGGCAGGAAUGGGCGAAGCUGUGAAACAGCUCGCAGAACUACAGACCCAGGCGCUCCAGAAGGGCAAGCCGAAGGGACUCAGCUUCAAGCUUCAAAACAGGAUCGUUGAAGUGGGCUUGCAGAAUUUCGAUAAAGACACCCUCCCGUCCGAGGAAAUCUUGGCGAAGUUCGAGGCCGGAGCCAAGAUCGCCAACGACAAGGGCCGGGCUUGGAUCGGCUCUGCAGAAGGCGAAGAUCUCCGCGAUCAUCACCGCCCAGCAUGGAAUCGCACCCCUCUCGUCGACGCGGUCGUGGGCGACGGCUCCUACGAGGAUCGCGUGAGACAGAGUGCGGCCGCCAAGCGCGGAAGCGCUUGGAUCGAUAAGAUCGAUUACGUGAGCUUCGCGACCUUCAUGGGGCAUCUCCACGAGUGGGGUUUCAAGGUGAUCCUCACGAAGGCGCGCAGCAUGGCGGACUUUUUCUCCUACGUGCAUAUUAUGAUCCGCAUCGCUGAGGAGAACGGCGGGGUCAGGACGGCGUUUCAAUACGACGUCCUCCAGCGGAGAGCCACGGCCAAAGCGCUGGAGAGGACGGUGGAUAAGCGCUUCGCGGAGCUCGCUCGUGUAUCUGGCGCGCGCAAGGGUCAGUCCAAGGGCCAGCCCAGGGGCGCCUCCAAGAGCUACGGCGACGGGGGCAGUCAUGCCUCCAGCAGCGCAUCCUCCGGAGGCAAGGGCGGCAAGAGCGCUAAGGGCGACAACAGGCGCGUGCGUUCGCCGCCCGCGCGGCACAAGGGCAGCGCCGGUGGCGGCCAGCAGCAUCGGUCGCGCAGCCCGCGCGCUGGAUGGCAGCAGUCCGGCCAGUGGGACAAGCAGUCCUGGAGCAAGUGA